AGCCGUAGGCUGGCGGGACAAUGAAUGAAGGCACGACCUCGUAUGGUCGGGACCGUCUAAAAUUCGCACUAUACGUUUAUUUGAUAUCCCUGACCUGGCUGGUGAUAGCGCUGGUCCAAUGGUUGAUUAUCAACUUGUUGCCCAAUGUCGGUGACGUAUUCGCAAAACCAGAGAUAAGCUAUUGUUUCUUUACAGUAGGCAUACUAUUGGUAGUGGCAUUGAUACUUGUUAAUCAGCUGAACAAAAUUUGGUUAAAUUGGAUUCUAACUGCGCUAACCAUAGAGUUCGGGAUCCUUGGUAUGGCUGCUCUGGUCAUUACAUCCUUGUGGCCGGAACUACUCCUGUGGACUUUCAUUUCUUCGCUGCUGAUCGUCCUUUGUAUUGUUGUUAAUAUUUAUUUGCCUUGCGAUCUUACCAAGAAUGGAUUCACACUGCAUAUUAUUUCCUGUGUCUUCUUUUUCGGAUCAAUGUUCAUACUCAUGAUGUACGUGAUAAUAGCCUCGUCGUAUUUCAGUGUCAUAUUUCAAAUCCUGGUCAGCUGUAUCGUCAUUAUGUUUGUGGUGCACAACGCUCAGGCCAUUUCUGGUGCACGUUUUGCGGAGCUAGUCCCCGUAGAUUUUCUUCUGCCCAGCGUCGCCUUCUUCUAUCAUUUUGUCGUGCUAUUUCUGCUUUCAUUUUCUGCGCACCAGUACAAGUUCGGCACGUGGACAAUGGUUGCGAUCGGAUGGCUCAAUCCAUCUCUGUUGAAGGAGAAUGAGGAAAGUUAACCAGCACUAGAGGAAUCCUUGUCAAGCAAAUUAUCUGUUAU